AUGGCGGCCACAUGGGGCGCUGCAGAGGGGGUGCUGACGCAAGCGAGCUCACUUUAUGCUGCAGCUGUGCCAAAGGGUGUGGCUGGCCUCGGGGAGCUGCAGAGCAAGUUGACCUCUGCGGAGGCCUCGAAGGCGCCACAGGAACGCGCCUCUGCGCUGAUUGCCCUGGCGCGGCUAUGCCUUCAGGUGAAUGAGACAUCAGAUGCCGAGGGCUAUGCCCUUUCUGCACUCCUCCUCUUCAAAGAACUAGGCUUAGGCGCACUGCAAAAUGCCAAGAACUUCCAGGGGAAACUGGGCAGUGUGAUGACUCUCAGCCCUGAGGAGUCGGCAAAGCGCGACACGGCCCUGCGGCCCUUGCGGGAGAAGCUGCUGACGUUUCGUGAGAUUGGGCUUCCAGAGGGCGAGAUUGCGAUGCUGCUUCAGGCGGCGGAAACUCAACUGAACUUGGGAAAGCCAGAGGCUGCAUCGAUUUUAGUCAAGGAAGCGGAGCGCGUGGUGGCGCGGGAGGGCGGAGCCCAAGAGUUGCAGGAGAAGGUGCUGGGGCCCUCGAACCUCAUCUUGGCAAAGGUAGACCUUGCCAGAAAGGCGCCGCAGCGGGCGCUGCAGCACGCGCUGGCGGCCGCCAAGGCCUUCGAGGCCUCGACGUCGCCGCAGGUGGCACAGGUGGCACAGGCGCAGGUGGCCGUGGCGGAGGCCUAUAGCCUCCAACAAGCUUGGGUGAAAGCGUUGGAGGCUGCUGACAAAGCCACCGAGAAAUUCAAGUCAACAGGUGACAAGACAGGAGAGGCCCUGGCAUUAUUGGCCACGGCCAAGGCACAGCAAGGCCAAGGCGAUCGCGAGAAAGCAUUGCAAAGCGCGAGGGCGGCCCUCCUACUGGCGCACCGCGCGGAGAGCUCCAGCUCCGCGUGCUCCGCGCUGACGGACCGGGCGCGGCAGCUUUGCGCCGAUCUGCGGCCGCGCCAGGCGGCUGCCAAGGUGGACUUGCAGGUUUUGGGAGUUACGAGGCCCUUGGAUCAUUGCGUGCCUGGAGUGAGUGGCCCCUCCACCUUACCCAGCAAACCCUUUUUGGGUGCCCAGCGCAUGGUGGGGACACAGGAAACCAAGCGAUUGAGCGGACUGGUCUGUGUGGUCACAGGUGCCAGCCGUGGCAUCGGCAAAGGCAUCGCUCAGUCCCUGGCUGAGGCUGGUGGCAUCGUCUACGUCACCGGACGGUCAUCUCCUGGCAAGGAGACAGACAUCAUCCUCAUGGGUACCGUCGACGAAACCGCGGCGACUUUCGGGAAGAUGGGUGGAACUGGCGUCGCGGUGCACGUGGAUCAUGCUCAGGACGAGCAGAACAUGGCCAUGGUGAAGAUGAUCGCGGACACCCACGGGAGGCUGGACCUUUGCGUCAACAGCGCCUUUUACAUCCCAAAGCCGGACAUGAUUUUCUUCUCCACACCCAUCUGGAAUCAGCCGAUGCGCUUCCUAAACGAGCAGACUUCCGUGGGAGGUCUGAACCACAUAGGUCUGACCGUGGGCAUGUUGCCAUACCUCCGUCGCGGCCGCGGCGUGGUCAUUAACGUGUCCAGUUGGGGAUCGCAGAUGAACAUCCCGGUCUUUCCCAUGUCGUACUACUGUAACAAGGCGACCUUCGACCGCUCCAUGGCAGCUUUGUCUGAAAAGGUGCGAAACUAUGGGAUCUAUGUGCUCACCAUUUGGCCAGGCAGCGUGAAGUCGGAGCGCAGCAUCAUGGGCGCAAAGCGCUCCGCCGCGCGGCUCAUCGAUUUGGAGACGGUGCGCUUCACAGGGAAUGCCAUCGUCCAGCUGGGAUCUUUGAGUCCUGACACUCUCAGGGUCUACAGCUCCAAACAUCGGGUGCUGAGUUCGGCGGAUGUCUUGGGAUGGGAAGUGGAUGGCUACUACCAUCAGGGAGAUUUGCACACCUUCUCCACCGGCGGUGCAGAUGAUCGGCCGCACUUCAAAUUGGCCGUGCAAUCGGCAGAGGCCACCUUCAACUUGAGGGCUGCGCAUCCUCUCUUUUUCGAAUGGGUGGAAGAUCCAGUCAAUGAACUCACAAAGCGUAGAAGUCAGGGAUACCAGUUCUUCCUCUUCUGCAUGUUGGCGCAUUUCAGUUUGAGCGUGGCAGGUGUCACUGCGUCCAUCUUCAAAUACGCGAUCGGCGCUUCAGUGCUCUUGGGCUGGAAUGAGAAGCGUGACGUUUGUGAACAGAAGGCCAUCCUGGCCGGAGACUCGAGCUACAGGCCGGUGAAGUGCACCGACAGCACUGAGGAAGAAGGCGAGCUGGUCUUCUUCAACUGCAACCUCCUACAGGAUGGCCUUGCGGCGCAAGGCUUCACUGGCUUCGGCGGAGGUGAAUUCGCCAGCACCCUCAGCGGCUACGUUGGCACUGGAAUCAAAGUGGAGGCAGAGAUGUUGCAAUGCACUGAACGCUCGGAAAGUCGAAAAGACAACGUGGGUGGGGGCACGACCACCUACUACGAGUACGACCGAGGCUGGCGUUCACAGUGGAUUGAUCCAUACCGAUUUCAUGAUCGCGACAAAGCGGCACAGCAAUGUGGUGGCCUGCACUCCAAGCUGCACUUGGCACUUGGGAGACCUGGGACAUGA